AUGCUACACCCAAAUCAGUUGCGCGAACUACAAAUGUCUCCAAAUCUUCCACGUCGUGCCAGUGCUCAUGUGAUCUUCCCACUUCCGAUGGAUGACAGUAGCACCCAGAUCCCAGCCUCACGUCGGCCGUCAGCAGAAAAAUCAAGAUUAACAGGUACAUCGUUCUUGGGCAUAAAGCUGCCUAGUGUGUCAAACCUGAGAAGACAUAGCUAUGGUGCUGACAGGCCUACGAACACCGGAGCCGGAGAGCUUCCUCAGGUGGAGAUCGCUCCAUCCCCACCCACGGAAUCGCGCCGAGGCAGUGCAGCAUCAUUUAGUAGCAGAGUUGGGUGCACACCAAAGACAGACAACACAGAUUCCUUCCUAAAUUCCGAAAAUACUCUGCUCACAGCUAGAGUCUGCGAGGGUCCUUUUAUAUCAGCACCAUCCUCGCGAUCCAGCUCACAGCGUAGGUCUGGAUCUUUUAUUCCCGAUCAGUUUCCGAAUAUUGGAGGGCAAUCUUCUGGAAGACGG